GGUUCGUCUUUCAGGUGCAAAUGAAAAUCCGCACUUUAGGAUAAGUAAUUAUUCCGCUUUCGCUCAUUUUUGACGUUAAAAGUGAAAGCUUGAAGGCUGUUGAAUCCUGUAUUUUGAAAGGGCAAAUAAUUAUAAAAGUACCCCUCCGUUUCUCAUCCAACAAGGUCCAUUAAACCCAUUCUGACACGGCUGGACUGCGAUUUCUUAACUAUGGACGAUCUGCCAGAUCUGGAACCCGUUCCUAUUGAUGUUGAUCACCCGGUUCCUGCCAAUGAUGCCGCUUCCACAUCCACUCAGAAAUCCAAACGUAUUCGAAAGCGGAAGCGGCGCAAUACGCAGAACUCCGCAAUGGAAGUGGAUGUCGAAGAGGUGCUGCCGCGAAAAAAAUCCAAAUGGGAAGGCGAAACUGAUGUCCGUAAAGUACCCGUUCCUGCUCAUCGAUACACACCGCUGAAAGACAGCUGGACGAAACUCAUACAACCAGUCGUGGAGCAUCUGCAUCUUCAGAUGCGCUUCAACCUGAAAACCCGUAAUGUGGAGAUCCGACCUAGUCCGGAAACCGAGGAUAUUGGUGCGCUUCAGAAAGCAGCUGAUUUUGUCCGAGCGUUCGUCUUGGGCUUCGAAGUUGACGAUGCGAUGGCGUUGAUUCGUCUGGAUGAUCUUUUCAUUGAGUCGUUUGAGAUUACCGAUGUUAAGCCGUUGAAAGGCGACCAUCUGGGACGUGCAAUUGGUCGUAUUGCUGGGAAAGGUGGACGCACCAAAUUUACCAUUGAAAAUGUGACGAAAACCCGAAUAGUCUUGGCUGAUAAGAAUAUCCAUAUUCUUGGAUCUUUCCAGAAUAUUCAGACCGCCCGAAACGCGGUAUGCAAUCUGAUAUUAGGCAGUCCCCCAUCAAAAGUCUACGGAAACAUGCGAGCCAUUUCUUCUCGCACAACAGAAAGAUUGUGAAAUAGUUCGAAUGCUACUCCAGAUAAAUAAUACACACAGCGUGUAUUCUCAAUCGUAAAAUGAAAAAAAAACUUUUUGGUUUUUGCAACUAACUAACGUGUGAGAAUUCGUAUAAAAGUAACAUCUUUUUUUACAGUUUUUUGCAGAUAUAUGGUACAUACAGUAUCUGAAAGCAUAUAGUAAUUAAAAAAAACCCUCCAACCGCAACGUUACUGUAC